AUGCAGAGGGUCUUCUCACCUGGCCUUGCCUCCUGCAGCGGCCAGUUUGCCAUCGUGCGGAAGUGCCGGGAGAGGAAGACGGGCCUGGAAUACGCGGCGAAAUUCAUCAAGAAGCGGCGGCUGUCGUCGAGCAGGCGAGGCGUGAGCCGCGAGGAGAUCGAGAGGGAGGUGGACAUCCUGCGGGAGAUCCAGCACCCCAACAUCAUCACCCUGCACGACAUCUUCGAGAACAAGACGGACGUGGUGCUGAUCCUGGAGCUGGUCUCGGGCGGGGAGCUCUUCGACUUCCUGGCCGAGAAGGAGUCCCUGACGGAGGAGGAGGCCACCCAGUUCCUCAAGCAGAUCCUGGACGGGGUGCACUACCUGCACUCCAAGCGCAUCGCUCACUUCGACUUGAAGCCAGAGAACAUCAUGCUGCUGGACAAGAACGUGCCAAACCCUCGCAUCAAACUCAUUGACUUUGGCAUUGCCCACAAGAUCGAAGCUGGGAAUGAGUUCAAGAACAUAUUUGGGACCCCGGAGUUUGUAGCUCCAGAAAUCGUGAACUACGAACCGCUGGGGCUGGAGGCUGACAUGUGGAGCAUCGGGGUCAUCACGUACAUCCUGCUGAGCGGAGCCUCCCCGUUCCUGGGGGAGACCAAGCAGGAGACCCUGACCAACAUCUCCGCCGUGAACUACGACUUUGACGAGGAGUAUUUCAGCAACACCAGCGAGCUCGCCAAGGACUUCAUCCGGCGCCUGCUCGUGAAGGAUCCCAAGAAGCGGAUGACAAUAGCUCAAAGCCUUGAGCAUCCUUGGAUUAAGGUCAUCAAGAGGAGGAACGUCCGCAACGAAGACAACGGCAAGAAGCCCGAGCGCCGCCGGCUGAAGACCACGCGCCUGAAGGAGUACACCAUCAAAUCCCACUCCAGCAUGCCACCAAACAACACCUACAUCAACUUCGAGCGCUUCUCCAAGGUCAUGGAGGAGGUGGCUGCAGCCGAGGAGAGCCUCCGGGAGCUGGAGAGGAACAAGAAGUCCUUCCGGGAGGACAUUGAGGCGCUGCUGUCCAUCUAUGAGGAGAAGGAGUCAUGGUACAAGGAGGAGAAUGAAAGCAUCAGCCAGGACCUCCGGCAGAUCCGGCAGGAGCUGCAGAAGACGGAGGCCAUGAAGAAGCAAGCCCAGGAGGAGACCAAGAACGUGCUGCAGGUGGCCAACGGCCUCAAGAGGCGCUACCGGAAGCUGGAGAACCACUACGAGGCGCUGGCCAAGCAGGUGGCCUCGGAGAUGAAGUUUGUGCAGGAGCUGGUGUGGUCCAUCGAGCGGGAGAAGCUGCAGAGCGGCGAGGGCGACGGCAGCAUCCGCUAGGUCGGGCCCCGGCGCCGACGGGGG